UCCUGACCUGUGAGUCCUGGUGUCCCUCUCUCUCUACAGAGUCGUGAGUUUAACACUCUGACUGUAAUAAUCUAAAGAGUUACUGGAGGCCCUCGGCUCAUUAUAACUGUGUUUCACCUGAUAAAAACAGCUGUUUUAGAGGAUUAACCUGUGAGUGUCCGGCAGCAUGUCUGUGGUCAGAGUCGUCUUCUGUCUGCUGCUCACGUUUCACCUCAACGAGGCAAAGAAAGUCUCCAGAUCAGGAGCAGCCAUCCUGCAGCAGAAGGUUCUCCUCAGUGAGAACCAGCCUGCUGGCAGCACUUCAUCCUUCAGGAUGUUCUCUGGAGGUGAGGAGGAGAACUGCACCUUGGACCCUCUGCAGCUGCAGACCUUCACCUCCUGUGGCUUCAACAGCAGUAAUCCCCUCAUCAUCAUCACUCACGGGUGGUCGCUGGACGGGAUGAUGGAGGGCUGGGUGUUCAGGUUGGCCUCCACCCUGAAGACGACUCUCGUAGACGUCAACGUGGUGAUCACCGACUGGCUGCCGCUGGCGCACCAACACUACCCGACGGCUGCUCAGAGCACCAGGACGGUUGGGAAGGACAUCGCUCAGCUGCUGCUCUCGCUGCAGGUGAACUACCAGUUCCCGGUUGGAAAGGUUCAUCUGAUCGGCUACAGCCUCGGAGCUCACAUCUCUGGAUUCGCUGGAAGUCACCUGGAAGGUUCAGAGAAGAUCGGAAGGAUUACUGGUCUGGACCCCGCGGGGCCCCUGUUUGAGGGCGUCCACCCGUCAGACCGUCUGUCUCCUGAUGACGCGGAGUUCGUGGACGCCAUCCACACCUUCACCACGGAGCGUCUGGGCCUCAGCGUCGGCAUCAAACAGGCCGUCGGACAUUACGACUUUUACCCAAACGGAGGAAACUUCCAGCCGGGAUGCAACCUGCACAACAUCUACGAGCACAUCAGCCAGUACGGAAUCCACGGUUUCCAGCAGACGGUGAAAUGUGCCCAUGAGCGCUCCGUCCACCUGUUCAUCGACUCUCUGAUGAACAAAGACAAGCAGAGCACGGCCUACAGGUGCAGCGACGGAGGAGCGUUCGAUAAGGGAGUUUGUCUGGACUGUCGGAAGAACCGCUGCAACACUUUAGGAUACAACGUCAGGAAGGUCCGCAGCGGGAACAGCAAGAGGCUUUACCUGAAGACCGGCUCCAGGAUGCCUUACAAACUCUUUCAUUACCAGUUGAGGAUCCAGUUUGUGGAGCAGCUGGAGAGCAUGGAGCCCACGAUCAGCGUCUCGCUGACGGGAACAAAGGAGGAGAGUGGAGACGUCUCCAUCACCGUCUCGGAGCAGAUUCACGGGAACCAGACGUUGAGCUUCCUGAUCACGCUGGACAGAGAUCUGGGGGAUCUGAUGCUGCUCCGGAUCAACUGGCACGGAUCGGUUCUGUGGAAGAACGUGUGGAACCGAGUCCAGAACAUCGUUCCGUGGGGCGGACGCGCCAAGAAACCACAGCUGAGGGUCGGAAAGAUCAGCGUCAAGGCCGGAGACACGCAGGAGAGGACGUCGUUCUGUUCGAUGACGGACGAUGAUCAACACGUUGAAAUGUCGCAGGACAAAGUGUUUGUUCGCUGCAAAGAAGAAAAACAGAAACAGCGCCGGAGGAAACCCAGCGGACGCUCUGCUGCCGUUUAAUAACCUGGAGUUAGAGGAACAGAAGCUGAUUGAAGUCUUCAGAAUGAGGAAUAAUAAUUAUUAAAGCUGUCUCUGAACAGACACGUUUCAUGGAGGAAUUCUGGGAAACGACUGUUUACAGUUCAGAGGAACAUUAAAGUUAGUUUGUUAUGUAAUAAAUAAACGUUAAGUAUUGAUCUGAGCAGUUUUCAGAGGAAAUGAAGAGUUGAAGGUUUUCCAACUCAAACAACCAGAAAACGAACUCAGUUCAACGACCUUCAUGACGUUAAUUCAAACAUUGUUAAUGUAUUUUAUUUUCUAAAUGUUUCUUAUGUUUAAUGAUCAAAACCGACAUUAGUCUGCCAAUAACUUCGUAUUAUUAAUGCACAUGUUAAUCAAACCCAAACCUGAGCAAUAAAUAGACUUUUCUCUUUUCUAUUCUGUUGUUUGUUUGUUUAUGUCAGAGCUGUGAGUAAACAUAAACGUGUGUCAGAGCGUCUCGUCCUGAUAAAUGACUUUUAUUGUGUCAUGAAAAAUGACUUCAGGCCAAACAAAGAACUUAAACUGAAACAAAACCUUACAAAUCAAAAAGAGAGAAAAAACACAAAAAACAGCUAAAAGAGAAGAUAAAACAGGAUAAAAGUUUAAAAAAUAUAUAAAAUAUAUAUAUAAGGGUAAAAGUUAAAGUGCAGAGUUAUAGUUAAGUAUAUUUAGUAUAAAGUUAGUUUAAAAAAAGUAAAAUAAAUGUAUUUAUAUAUGUAUAUUAUAUUAUAUUCAUAUUUAUAUUAUGUAUCAAACAUCAGGACAAACGGCAGGAAAACUAGUUAAAAAAGGACAUUUAGAUUUAAAUAAAAUCCUAAAAAUCAAAGAGAAAAAACAGCUAAAACAGAAGAUAAAAUAUGAGAAAAAAUAUAUAAAAAUAAGAGUUACAUUAAAGUACAGAGUCAUAAAGUUAAGAGUAAAAUGAAUGUAAUAAAAUGCUUCAGUUAAAGGCAGUAAACCUCAUAUCAUACAUUAUAUUAUAUUAAUAUAGUAAACCCUGAGUAUUAUUACUAUAUCACCUUAUACAUUAUA